AAUAUUUUAGUUAGAUGGCGUUACUGCGGGGGUUUAUUCCUAUUUAUCCAAUCAUAACCUCUAAGUUUUAGUUCCAUGUGAUUAUUUUUUCAACUUAACAAAAGUUUCCAAACGAUUUAAACAAUUUCAAAUAUAAUAUGAAUAUGUCCUCAUCCACUAUGGAGUUGGAAAAUAUUGUGCAGAGUUUAUGUGACAGUGAAUUAUUAUUUUAUACUAACAAAGAAUUGUUUAAAAGAAAUUGGAAUACAGACAAUCAUAACAUUCCACAUUUUCAAAGAAAAGAAUUAAUCAGAUUGUUGGAGGAACAUUUUUCAUGGAAGGAAUAUGACUAUUAUGUAUAUUUACAAUUAGUAAAAGAUUGGGAAAAUCUCGCUGAUGUGAAUUCAGCUUCAUUGCAUAUAUUAAAUGCCUUAACAUCAAAUAUUAAAGAAAUUGUGAUUGUUGCUAUGGAUAUAAUGAAGAUUUUAGGCACCAGGAUCAAUUUGAAUACAUUAAUGAUGUUAUACUUUCAUGUACAUGGACAUAAUCCACCAGAUAUGAGUUAUUACGCAUAUUUGCUGCCAACAAUCAAAACAAUUUAUGGAAAUGAUGGAAUUAACAUCGUUCAAGAAAACUGCACGAAAACUCAUGCGCUUUUAUACAAAUUACAUGCACUGAAGUUUAAUCAAAGAAUAACGUACUCUGUGUUUAUUGAAUCCAUGCAACAAACUCCAAACUUUUCUGUGUAUGAAGACACGCAAUUAGUUACGUUAUUAUUGGAAGUAAUUUGUAAACGACGUGAAAAGGUACUGCCAUACGAUCGUGCUGAAAUCGAAUUUGUGCUCAACAAUUUGUCAGGAAUUGACCCACCAGCAAGUAGAUAUUUAAAAUAUUUCUUAUCACACAUUUGUAUCACGUUCAACCGAACAAAAUCGAGUGAAGCCGAUGAAUAUACUAUGAACUUAUUUCAAAGGAUACAAAAUAAGUGCAUGUUGUUGCUGAGUGAAGAAGAUACAAUGAAAGUUGCGCGAGGUGCAUUAAUUUACACUGAUUUCUACAAUUGUGUAAUUAAUUCAAAGUAUACAACAAUGUAUACAUUAAUGGAGACAGAUAUUUGUUAUCCUAGGAAAUCUAAAGUGUAUCUGGAACUUACUAAACGUAAAAUGUUAAACAUUGGUGAAUUGGAUAAUUUGCGAUGCAUUGUUUCACUGAUAAACGACACCAAUUUUUAUCUAUUUAAAGAAAUACUUGGAUUUUACGAUUGGGCGACGAUACUGACGAAAGAAAACUUUGUAUGUUUUUAUAAUAAUCUACAAGAUGAUUAUUUGGAGGAUAAAAUUGACGUGUUGGUUCGAAUGUUAAUUACAAACUGGUUUAAUGACGAAGUUGAACGUAAAAACUUGGUUAACGAAAUUAUAACCUCAAUGUCGGCGAUUCCACGAAAGUUGGGUUAUGAUUUGUACAGAAACCUGAAAAUGAUUCAAUUUUUGUCUGUGGAAUUAACAAAUCAACAAGCUUUGAGUUUAACCAUAGUGUUGAUGAGUAUUAUCGAUGAAAUCAACGAGCCAUGUGUGUUGGGAACAAAUAAAUCAAAAUUACACGAGCGCAUAAUUGUGACAUCACUUGAUUUACUAGUGAAAUUAUCAAUAAAUUUAAUCGAAAUAGAUGAAAAUAGGGUGGAGCAGAUAUUAUCCUAUUUAGAAAAAGGAAUUUGUUGUAAUAAAAGAUACGCUGCGUAUCAAUCCGGGCUGUUGUAUAGGAAAUUCAUCGCACAGCAUUUUCCUAGGCACCACAAUCAAUUAACUAACUACAUAUAUGAAGUUUUAAAGGCAGACUAUUGCUUAAGCUCAAACCGCAAGUCAAAUAUGCGUCGCUGUCUUGAAAAACGUACUUUGAUUUAUGAAUUUUGUUCGGCAAUUCAACGAAGACCUGAACAAAAGCAUUUCGUUCAGAUUGUUUUCAAUACUUGCUUUGACAUUAUGUCGAAGGCUUUAAUCAAUGAUGAUGUGCAAGGUGGGCUUGAUAGUUACAUCUUUUCUGUGAAUUCAUUAAUGGCGGAUGGGUGCAUGAAAGAAGAUACAAAUGUCUUUAUUCCUCAGUUUUUGGAUUUCUGCCUACAAGCUGUUGAUAAGUUUUCAUCACAUUUUGUGUAUUGCAAUGCAAUUUACACACUUUUUGCUACAUUGGUUCAGCGUAUCCUGCCAUAUCAGGACAACACCAAGAACAUGAACAUUCAAUGCUUAAUCAAGUUUUGUCCAACCAUUCUAACGUACUACAACGGAGAAAUGGCCAGGAAAAGUUAUAUUUUGAUUUGUUCGCUGUUACAACGUACCAAUAACGAAAGGUUUCUGAAUUACGAUUCCAAUUCAAGCGUAGAAUUUAUAAAUAAGUUGUGGGAACAUUUUACUCACUCGAAUUCUGACAAACUAUGCGGUUUUGAGACAGAUAAUGCCAUAAAAUUGUGGUUAAACUUAACUGCGCUCAAAGACACCGAAAACAUGAUGUCGUGUUGUCAAGGUAUGACUUUUCAAUGCAACAGCAAACAAAAUAACUCAUAUAAUUGUAAUUUUUUGAAUGUCAAGUAUAAAUUACUGGAAGGUCUAGCUAAAAAGUGUGAUUAUACGGGAAAACAACGCGUGUUACUUAAAAGUAUUGCUGUAAAUUGUUUCACAGAGAAAUUUAUACCAACAUAUGCUUGUAAAAUGCGUAUUUAUCCGCCAUCUUGUUUAAGAGUGUUUAGAUUAAAAGAAUUGACACUGGAACAAAGUAUAAAACGAAUUGUAUCAGGGAGCAACUCAAUUUAUGACAAAUUAACCGCUUUUGAAUUUUUCUUUGAUUAUUUCAUGCAAAAAGACCAAGUAAACGUGUUUAUUCAAAAGUUCUUAAGGUUAUUUAUCGGAACAUUGUUUUUUGAGGACAAAACACAUAGUAAAAUGGAAAGUUUAAUGAGUCUCAACACAAUUGUGUAUUGUUUGGACAAAAUGCCUAUAAAUAAUCAAAGAAAUCAAUGUUUUCGACUGUUUGAUGAUGUUAUAAGUGAAAAUUUAUCAACAAAACCAAAUUUAUUAGCUUUUGUUACAAUUUUCUUCAUAAAAAUGAACUUGCAAGAUGAAAAGAAUAAAAUCCAGGAAAAUAUUAUCAAUGGUUACUCAAAAAUUGCCGAAAAAUUAGACAAACUUGAACAGGAAGAAGCUGAAAGUGUUUUGCUAGCGUUCAAAUAUCUAAAACACAUUAAAAUUGAGAAUAGUGAGAGAGAAAAACGAAAAAUCGAAAUAUUUUUGAUAGGUAUGAAGUUUUUACAUUCAAUAAUUUUAUCUGAAUGUGAUUAUCUCUUGCCUAAUGUUUUGGAUGCUUUAAAUAUUGAUUAUUCCUAUAUUUAUAUAACGGCAAGUGAUCUACGAAGAUUCCUGUUGUCCAAACAUUUUCUCGAUGAAUAUUUCCCAUGUAAACGAAGCAAAAUCAUAGCUGGAUUGAAAUAUUUGCGCUGGAAACAUGUUAAUUAUAUCGAAUAAGAUGAUAAUAAUCGUAA